ACGGCGCGUUUUAAUGACGAUAUCAAACCCUCCACACCUUCUAGAGGUUCCCGGAUAUAAAACACGUCGUUUUGGAUGUUAUAUUAAUUGGUCAUCAGUUGAUUUAUCCAUUUCCGAGCAUCCAACCCAAAAAACAGUGACGGAACUCCGAGCAUUCAUUCUGCGUCCAUGGCGGCCGUAAGUAUCUCCCUCGCUUUCUCCGUCGACCCUCAGAGGCCAAACCAAACUCCGGCGUUUGCUUUUUCUUCUUCCUUUCCUAGAAACCCUUUUCUCUUUUCCGGCAAAUCUCUCCGCGCCAGCCUCAGAAUUGCCUUCUCUCCUUCCUCGCAUUCUUCUUCUUCUUCAUCUUCGGCUUCAACAACCACCGAAACUGGAAGCUACACAUUUCUCGAGGAUUCGUUUCGUACGGGGAGAUUUCUGAGCAACGAAGAGCUCGAAAAGCUGAAAACACUGGAGGGUUUUGCGUAUUUUCAGGAGCUAGAAUCCGGGUCCAUGUGGGUUCGUGUCAUGAGACCGGAGGAUAUGGAUCCGACGGUGAAGCUUCUGGCAGAGUCCUUCUCCGAGUCGAUGCUGUUACCUACAGGAUACGAGUCUGUGUUGCGGUUCCUGGUGAAGCAAUAUCUGAGUGAGAAGAGAGGCGUAAUGCCUCACGCAGUCACUCUUGUUGGUUUCUUUAGGAGGAGACCAGAAGCGUGUAGCGAUGGAGACGGCGUCGGAGAGGCGGAGGAGCUGGCUGGGACCGUAGAGGUUUGUUUUGACAGAAGAGGGGCUAACGCUUCGCCUCCCUCGCCGAUUCCUCCCAAGGAUUCACCUUACGUCUGCAACAUGACUGUGAAAAAGCCUCUUAGAAGGAGGGGAAUAGGUUGGCAUCUAUUGAAAGCAAGCGAGGAGCUGAUAUCCCAGAUGAGUUCUUCGAAAGAUGUCUAUUUGCAUUGCAGGAUGAUCGACUCGGCUCCUUUCAAUAUGUACAGGAAAGCAGGAUACGAGGUUGUUAAGACGGAUAAUAUUUUGAUCCUCUUGAUGUUACAGAGGCGUAAGCAUCUGAUGUGCAAAAAGCUUCCUCUGUGCACGGACUCCCCAGAAUCAGUAGAUAUGGUGGCUGUUGAUAACGAGCUGUCCUCUUCCAGCAACGCCUAAAAAAACCGUUCACACGUUUUAAACAGUGACUGAGGACGUAAUCUCAUGCCCCAUGCUGCUUACUUAUAACUCUGUUUGAGCUUUUUCAACUUGCUAAGUUCAUGGGUGGGACGAUCUCCAUACUGGUUCUGUUCAUUUGGCCCUUGAUGUAAGUCGACUGCUCUCCGCCCUGUAAGCAGCUCUAGCAGCACCACCCCAAACGCAUAUACAUCACUCUGUAAAGUUUCCAUUUGGCAUGAAUUCAUAUACUAGGAAACGGUGCUUUCCAUCUGCGCAAUAACCGAUUAACGAAACCAGAUUUGGAUGAUCUAG